AUGUUAACAGAAAUUAAUCCCCAACAAUCUAUGAUUUCACUAGCUUCUCAAAUGAAUCAAGAUGGAGAACUUGAUCCAGAAUCAGCCAAUAAUUUGGUUGAAAGAGAUGAUGCAUUUGAUCCAGAAAUGCACUAG